UAUGAUUGGCUAAUAAGGAUUCUUACUAUGGUAACUGUUGGAUAACACAGAGUUUGUCGGACAAAAGGUCCGACAAAUCCUUCAUGAAACGCUCCCCCAGAUCGUCCAGUUGGGGAAUUUUAAGAGAAUACUUUGCUUUCCUGAUCGGAGAUUUUGAUGAUCGGAGAGAUAUGGCACUUACGACCCAGUCCUGUUUAAGCUGUAUCUUGAAUGUUUCUGAUGACUCGUGUACGCCAUCUCUUUUAACAUCUUCUUUCUUUAUUUUAUGUGGCAUCGUAACAACAAUCUCUAAUAUCAUAAACCUUCUUGCUCUCAAGUUCACAAAGCAAUGCUUCAGCGAGAAUACGCGGAUCAGCUUCCAAGUCGUAGCAAUCGUCGAUUUCUCUGUCGGUUUAUUUUGUUGUACUUUCCAUUCAAUCAGGUUUUCAGGGAUACCAAUUACCACGCUGCGUUCUUUCGAUAUCAUCGGAGUGUCUGUCUGCUCCACGCUAUUUAAUCAAUCGGUCAUGAUCCUUUCUUGUAUCAGUAUCGAUCGAUAUAUCGCCGUCACAAGACCAUUGCGAUACAAUGCGAUAAUGACACACGAUCGGAUGAAGUUACUUCUAGUUUCCGGAAUCCUCAUAGGAACGAUAACUUCCUCUUCAAGUUUGCUCCACAAGGCACUAACCGGGAUCGAUGACGUCAUUUUUGCGUCGGCAGACAUAGCAUCGAAUCCGAUCCACAUCGUAUAUUUCAUACCCAUUGUUACGUCAGCAAUUGUGACGGCAUUUUGCAAUAUUGCGAUGAUGCGCGUCGCCAGAAGACACCGGCGGGUGAUAGCGACUCAAGUCCUUCGGACGCAACCUCAUCAAGAACCCGAUCAACCAAUGAGCGAUGAAAGAGCUUCGUAUAGAAACAAAGACGUCAGGACAGUUCUUGCCGUUACGGGUGCAUUUUAUAUCACGUGGGGUGCUGCGGUCUUUUCAAGCAUUGUGAGCGCCUUGACUGGAAUUCGAAUCCCUUGUAUCGCUAGAAAUCUCAUUCUCGUACUGACCAUCAGUAACAGUUUCUGGAACGUGUUGAUAUACCUCCUGAUGAAACCGUUAUUCCGCCGUACCGUUUCAGAAAUGUUCCGCAGAUGGAGGCGUUGAUAUCAUCAUCACAUCACAUUAACAAGAAACCGGUUUACAUCAAGUUGACCGAGAGUUGGCCAACCAUUUAUCACACAAAAGACAUAC